AUGUUCACAUCCUUCUUCGCCCCGCAGUGGGGUGGAGCCCUCCUCACCUCCACCUUGGCCUCGGAUUCACGAUCAAUACCGACACUACCGCACCUAUCAGCGGAUCCACCACCAAACCCCUCGGCACCUCUCCUCAAACCGCCGCCGUCGCCGCCCGCAGAAUCGGGUGCGUCGAUCAAAGGUUUUGUCGGCGGCACCGUUUCCGGUCUCACCAAGCUUCUCGUUGGUCAUCCGUUCGACACGAUCAAGGUGCGCAUGCAAUGCUCACCCCUGGGCACGUACACCGGACCUCUCGAUUGCUUCCUUCAGCUUGCACGGCGGGAAUCCGUACUUGGGCUGUACAAGGGUGCGACACCGCCGGCGUUCGGGUGGGCGCUGACGGACAGCGUGUUGUUGGGCAGCCUGCAUAACUACCGCCGCUUCUUUGCGCGGCUGACCAACCCGAACUAUGGCGAGGAGGACAGUGUUAAGGGGCUGCCAGUGAAGUACCAUGCGUUGGCAGGCCUUAUGGCUGGGUGGACGAACAGCUUUGUCACCACCCCCGUCGAGCUCGUCAAGGCCAAGUUGCAGAUGCAGACCCAACGCGUGUCGUUGCACCUCCCCGGCCAGCCAGCCGCAGAGAUCGUCAAGAAGGAAUUCAGUGGUCCCGUCGAUUGCAUCCGCCAGAUCGUCGCUCAACGCGGUGUGCUCGGCCUAUGGCAUGCACUACCCGCAACAUUACUCUUUCGCAGCUCGUUCGCAGCCAUGUUCGGCAGCUACGAGUACUUUCAAUGCCAACUCAGCUCCUGGAAGGGAACAAGCUGGGAACUCUCACCCGGAGCAAUCACGUUCAUCUCCGGCGGACUCGGCGCAGAAGUCUUUUGGCUAACAGCCUUUCCGGCUGACGUGAUCAAGAACCGCAUGAUGGCGGACAACAUCAGGGAGCCCAAGUACAAGGAUAUCAAAAGCGCCUGGUUGUCAGCGUGGAAUGCCAGAGGAAAGGACACGGUCUGGUGGAGAAAGGUCAGAGGAGUGUAUACGGGCUUUUUGCCGUGCCUGUUGAGGGCGUUUCCGACCAACGCGGCCGCGCUGUUUGCGUUCGAGACCGCAAUGCGCUUCAUGGGCGCUGAAAAGGUUUGA